AUGAGGGCAGCUGGUGACGGUGGUGAGCCAGUCGAAUCUUACGAGAGCUCUUACUGUCUGGAAGACAACGUCUGUACCAGACAAAUCUUUUUUGACUGGUACCGUUUACCGAAUCCUCUCAAAUUCCUCUGGCAAACCAAUCACCAUGAUGGCGAUCAUAGCGCCACGCUUCCACCAGAAGCGUUGGGGCUUAUCUUUGAGAAUUUGCGCGACAUCUUGAUGUCAACUGUCUAUGAUCUCGAGUUCCCCCAGGCCCACAUGGAAGAUAUUCCCAGUGAUCGUGGGAUCAACCGGUGGAUCGACGUUACCUUGGUCUGCCGUCGUUGGCACUGUGUUGCCCUCCUUUGCCCAUCGCUAUGGGCAUACAUAUAUGUCCCGGAUUGUUCUUCUAAUACCGCUCCACGCAUGAUGAGCAUCUUUCUCAAACGAUCACGUGCAACUCCAUUACAUGUCCAUCUAAACCUUUCUGACGAGAGCUCUCAGGGCAACCCCCUCUUCCAGGAGCUGUCCGAGCACCUAGCGCGUGUUAAAUCUUUGCGCCUCUACGGCGUCCCCAUGCAAAUGGAUCAUACAUCUGAAGAUUUCCUUUUCCUCGCCCAUCCUGCGCCAAUCCUCACGAACUUGCACAUUUCUGGGGAAGGGGAAGGCAUCAUUCCUGAUUCCACAUUUCAAGGCCGCUGCCUGCCUGAAUUGAAGAGGCUCUCCUUCUCUGGAGUUCAUGCCUGGCCUCUUGCUUGCUUUACUCAACUCACACAUCUAUCGUUGGCUGAUCAGCGAUAUAUGGAACUGCGGUGGACAAUGGGUGAAUUUAUCGAAGCCCUAAACGGUUGUCCGGGCCUCGUUGAGCUCCAUCUCUUGAUGGCGGGACCGUUGUCGUCAACUGAUAAAGCCGGCACCCGCUCCCAGGGAGUUUUGUUGAACCACCUGAGCCAGAUCAAUUUCAGAGAGAUUACCUGUGCAGACAAUCCAGGAGAUUUGCUAUUCCACCUCAAAUAUCCCAGCUCCACUUUGGUUAUACUUCAGCCCGAAGAGCCCUUCACCACUCCACUUUUCAAGUCAAUGUUUACACCUCCUCUUCUUCCUCCCUUCCUUUCACAUGCUCAAUCUAUGGAGAUUAUGCAUGGAGAGAUGGAAGCGCUCAUGGUAUGCGAAGACACGGUUUGUCUCCUGGUUUCCGACGCUGAAGAUGGUUUAUUUCCAUUCUCUGAUCUCCUUCACUUGUUCCUCAACGUGGUUAUGCUAACCCUCCACUUCCCCGUUGUUAUCGAGGAACCCUCUUGGUUGGAGGUACUGGAAACCGUACCAGCUCUCAACUUGCUCAGAAUGGAGGGCCCUGGAAAAGAAACCAUUCUUUGUUUGAUGGAUGUGCUCAGCUUGGAGGGUGGCCGUGGUCCUCUGUGCAAUUCGCUGGAAGCGGUUUUAGUCUAUUCACCGCAGGCAACAAACCUUGAAGGAGUGGCUAGCCGAGUCAUCGUUCACGAGCGGCCGAUGCCCUGCGUUCCGUGCCAAUUCAUUUUCCACCAGCAGGUCAUGCCUUGUCACGUGAGAACUGUGACCGUCACCCUACAGAAGCGCGUCAAAAUUUUUGCAAAAUUUCAACAGCCAUUGCCUCACCAUAUUCCCCGAAGACAUGGUCCAUUAAGCCCACCCUUUCGAAUUUGCGCGACCGGUUAUGCGGAAUGGACGCGCCUGAAAACCUCCAAAAGUUUUGCCUUCAGCGCGAAUACUCGAGCCCGGGAAUACGUGUUUGAAGUCCAACCUUGGAAUCGUGAUCUCGACUUCGAUAGCCUUGUCUUACAAACCUUUCAAGACGUGUGCAAUGGGGGCGACCCAUUUGGCUCAAGCUCACCUCUCACAAGCCCGGAAGCAUCGGCGCCGCCUUCUCCUACUCUCCUCGCACAGGAAGUGACUCCCACAGACUUCAUCUCCUCAAUGGACCAGCCAGGCUCAGGCCCCGUCCGUCCGACCAAGUCAAACCACGCCAAGCGUCAGAGCCAUGGCAACCGGCGGAAGAGGCGCAAGGAGGAGAAAGACCACCAGAAUUUAAAUAAUGAGGUCACCAUAUACGAGCCACGGGCAUCCACCCGCCGCAAACACGUUCAACCAUCUUCUGCCCUUCCCUUAGGUGUGGACAGCGAAAACCGACUCCUCGCUGCAUCCACGGGCUAUGUAGGCUCCAGGGGGUCUGGGAGGGGUGGCCGAAGGAUACUCCCACUCCAGAUCCUCAUUGAGCCAAAGUCUUCCUUUGGGCUCGAGCUCAAGCAAUGGGACGGAAGGACCACUUUCCCAAUCAUCGAUCGGAAGCGUCGCGUGAUUGCUGUUCUGGUUGGUCGCCCCGACAAUGACGUUGGUUGCUCGGGGGUUUCUCAGGAGUGGCAGCGACUAAAUGACUUAGCCUGCCAAGCCCUGGAAGAUGCUAGAUCAAGACUCACCUUUGGCUCCAAAGAGAAGGUACACCGCCGUGGUCGAUUUCCUGCUCUCGGUGUCGGUAUAUCUCACGGCGGCGGGCAAACUCGGCCUGGGAACCUCUGCCACUCUUUGCAUAACACGCUAAUUCUCCAGCAACUGCUUGCCAAUGAGGCGUUCGUUCGAUUUUCUGGGUUUGUGACCGGAGCCUUCGGGACGUGGGCCCCAAAACUUCAUGCCUAUUACGUGGAAGCCCUCAACAAGUUACUCAAGCAUGACCCGAAACUGUUCCUCAAUUUUGUUAACGGCGUAUGGGCUGCAGCCACCUUCAACUUCGGCCCAAAAACCGUCUGCUUCAAGCACAAAGACUUUGCAAACCUUUGGCAUGGUUGGUGCGGCAUAACGGCGCUUGGGAACUACAACCCACAGCUCAGGGGCCACAUUAUCUUCUGGCAGCUCGGCCUCAUCAUUCAGUUUCCACCAGCAUCAAGCAUUUUGAUUCCUUCGGCAUCCGUGGAUCACCAAAAUGUGCCCAUUGGGCCAGACGAGCGCAGGUAUUCCUUUACGCAGUACACUGCUGGUUCACUAUUUAGAUGGGUUGAACAUGGCUUCCAAAAAGAAGACGAGUAUCUUGAGUCAUUGACGACGAAGGGCCGGGAGCAGGAGUUGAAGAGAAAGUCGGAAUUGACGAAGAAGGGUUUAGACAUGUUUUCUACAAUUGACGAACUAGCUCAUGUCCACACAGUGCUGGAUCAUCCAAACGUUCCAAAGUCGUCAUAUGCAGGUGAUGACAAUCGCCUCCUAUGGACGCGCAACGGUCGUCGACGCUCCCACAUCUCUGUAACUAGCUCCUCGGUGUCCGGCUUGCCGCCGACGCAAAACCAAGUCGUGGCCGAUCUUAGCUUGUCGGAGUGGAUAAAGAUUGUCAAGGAAGAAGUCAUUUGGAGAUCUGAGCUCCCCGUUUCAAAUCCUGACACACCUCUCAAGUUCGUCAAUGAUCCCAUGCAACACGGGGAAUAUGUACCGCCAACAGAGGCCCAGCUCUCGAGGCCAAACUGGGGCACGCAUGCCCUCCUUAACCUGCCAGUCAAUUCCCCUUAUCUCGACAAUGAGAAUCGGCUCUCUCGUAUGGAGCUCAGAUCUGAUGGUCGUGCUCUCAUGGACCAUAUCCGCGAGGAGCUGCAACAGAUGGAUCGACAAAAAGAGCUACAGUGGGCGCAACAAAGGCAUACCCAUUCCCUCGACGCAGUCCUUGUGAAUACUGAAAUCCAUUUCCAUAAACGCGGCCCUCAGAAUCCCAUCGUAAAAGCGGUAUCGCUCGUCUCCCUUGUCAUGCAGUACAUCUACCGUACUCCUCGCAGAGCGCUUCGCCCACUACUUGCCGGCAUUCAAGAUACACUCAAAUUGGCUGGAACCUCGCCAGAUAUAGUGAAGCAGAUUCCUAAGGAUCCCCGCUCAGCUUCAUCCGAGUUUCGGCUAGACAGCGUUACCCGCUCCUUCCUCUCUUGUCCCUCGUGUCAUUCUCUUUAUCCCUAUAACCCUGGGGAUAAUCCCUCAGACCCCGCCCAUCCCUCCGUCUCUCAUUGCACAUUCACGAAAACUCCAUCGAGCUCUGCAUGUGGAGCAGCCCUCUGGAUGAGUCAUCGUUUGGGGCCGGAGUUGACAAUUCUCAAGCCCUGUAGGCGUUAUCUUCACCAAGAUUUGAAAUCUUGGGUGGGCCGUCUCCUAUCUCGCAAGGGAAUUGAAGAUACUUUUGAAAGUGCACCUCGGGGGCCCAUCACGGAUCCCGAUGCUCCCAUCGAUGAUAUCUGGCUUUCCCGGGUCUUUCAAAACUUGAAAGAUUCAACUGGUCAACCGUUUUUGCCCGGUGCACCUGGAGAAGGGCGUUUAGUCUUCAGCUUUGCGACCGAUGCCUUCCAUCCAUUAGGGAGCAAGACGGCCAAACAAACUAUCUCUUCUACUGGAAUUUGGCUCGUCUGUCUCAAUUUUCCCGAACACCUGCGGUACCUUCAGGAAAACAUUUUUUUUGCAGGGGUGAUAGAGGGUCCUGAAAAACCAUCGAAUGAGAAAAUCAACCCAUAUAUCCAGUUGGUUGUGAACGACAUGCUUGAAUUUUGGGAUCCAGGCGUUUUUUUCUCUCGAACCUUCAAGUAUAAAUUUGGCAGAUUAUAUAAGGCUAUGCUCGUGCCUGUCAUCGCAGAUAUGCUGGCUCUUCGUCAGGUCAUGGGUCUUCCUGGCUCAACGACGGCUCAUUACUUCUGCACCUUUUGUGACCUUGACUUUGACGACAUCGAGGUCUUUGAUCGGGCCGAGUGGCCGAAAAAAAACUCGGACCAUAUUCGAUUUUUUGCAAAGCUAUGGAAAAAAGCCUCGUGCGAAAAGCACCAGCAGGCCAUAUUCGAGGCCACAGGCUUGCGUUGGUCCGCUCUCUUUGAUCUCCCGUAUUGGGAUCCGACGCUGUAUGCAAUAAUUGACUCUAUGCAUGCUCUUGAUCUCAACCUUAUUCAAAAUCACCUCCGGCUCAACUUUCAGAUUGACCCAGAUACAAAAGGGGGGGACGGAACGGUAUCAGGACCCUGGGUUUCGAAAGAUCCGUUGGUAUCUUCGAAAAACGACAUCAAGGCUCUGGACAAGUGCCAAAAGCUAGUGCAAGAAAACCAUCCGAAACUUCUCUACAAGCUCCUGGAUUUCAAUCGCAAAGUUCUUUACACAUUUUGCGUGGAGCACGACGUCAAGGGCCCUGGUCAUACAAAGGUAGUUGGAACGAGAUGGGUGCUUGCCAGGAACAUACAUCAUUGGCGACAGGGAUCAAAUCCUGAAUUACUUGCAUUUCUAUCCUCGGCACUGACUAUGGAUGGGAGCACGACGGAAGCUAACGAUGAGGGAGUAACAGCAGCGAACGGCCCGAGGAGUUCAACGGAAGCAGAGAACAUCGAACAAACUGGUGAAAGUGAUCAGGAAUCCGCUGGCCCCCACUCUCCCCGCGGCGAAGAAAAUUUUCUCGAUGAGGAGCCAGAGACCGUUGAUACUGGAGUCGCUGCAGAUGAUGUCGACCCGAAGCGUGUCGCACGAGUAAUUCGUCAUCUCAUCGAUAAGGAUGAUCUCGAAGGAUCAAGGAAAAAAGCGUACACCUAUGCGAAUAAUCCUGUUUUGAUUUACUUAUGCGAGCUUUUGGGAAUUGAUCACGGCCACGUCAAUCUAAAGAAAAGAAACACAGCUAAAUCUCAGUUGUUCCAGGCCGUCAUAUCCGCCAUAGAUAAUAACCCGGAAAAUACCGCCAAACUUUCGUCCACCCAACCUGAAGUUGGUUCUCGAGCUGUCUUGGGUAGCGAUGUCAUGGAGGCCGUCUGGGAAGAUAUGGCGUUCACACAGCUUCCGUCAUGGGUCGGUUUGGUGCCUCGCAACUGGGGCACUGCCAAACGGGGGAAGCUUACCGCAGACAACUGGCGGGUGAUUUGCACGGUUCAUUUACCCAUCACCUUAAUCCGACUGUGGAAGGACGAAACUGGCCGCAAAGCAGAACUCCUGCAAAAUUUCAUGGACCUGGCUACUGCGGUACGCAUUGCCAACAUGCGUGUUUCUUCCAAAAAUCAAGUUCGGGCCUAUAAUUUUCAUAUUUCUCGCUAUGCAAGCGCACUCCCGACCCUUUUCCCAGAUGUCUCAAUCAAGCCUACUGUUCACGCGGCGCUUCACCUUGGCGACAUUAUGGACCUGUUUGGACCUGUCCAUUCACACAGCGCGCCCUUCUAUGAACGAUAUAUCUAUUUUUUGCAGCAACUGAACACUAAUAAAAAAUUGGGUGCAUAUUCACUCCAUAUUGAUCAGUACCUGUCGCUGAUCAUGACCCCCCCCCCCUCUCUCUCUACAGGCGAUCUGGAAACAACAUUCAUGAAGGUAUCAUCCCGAACAGCUAAUCUUCGUGCGAUUCUUGCCGAUGACGAAGCGGUACGCCAAAAUGUCAUGGAGCUGGUAAAAAGCAUAAAGGCAAUUGAGCAGGAAGACAUCCGUGGCUUCCGCCUUGCAAGCAUGCUGGAUCCUACGCUACCUGAUUACGCAGACUCAAGUCUAGCGCCUUUCACGCUCAGUGGGGAACCAUACCAGCUUCUAUGUGGCAUCUUAGGAAGUAAUCCGUUGAACGGCAAUGCAGUCCGUCCCCAUGCUGAGGCUUUCUCUUUAAAUCGCAUUGCAAGACGCGGCGUGUCAUAUGGAACAUGCGCAUCUCCAUCAUUCCGUGAUAGUGCAAUCAUUUUUAGGGGGAGUAGCAGUGUCUCACCGCACGCUCAUGACCUCCACAAGACGGGAAGGAUCGAGAAAAUCUUCCAGCAUGUCUAUCAAGGAAUCAAAACAUUCUACUUGGUUGUUCGAGAGCACCAGAGGAUCGAUCCUAGCAUCGACCCGUAUGUCAGGUUCGGUUUCGCGGGGGGGUAUCUAUGUGAGAAGGUGCCAAGACUACUCCACCUUAUCAUGCUCGAACAGGUUGUAUCACACUUUGCCAUGACAAAUCUGCGCAGCGAUGGGCAGAAAUACCUUAUCCAUGCCCUACCAAUCGAUCGGCUCAUGUUGUCCUUCAAACUAUCUGAAGAUAUUCAUGCCGGGGGAACGAAUUUCAGCAAUGAUGAACAGACUAGUACUGCUCCCGUGGAUCAGCCCUAG